AUGUGUACUUUAACAUUAGUUAAAAAUGAUGUAAAAUCAGAUAUAUUAAAGCUAGUUCUUGAUUAUAUAAAAGUGAAGAUUGUAAAAGAUGAUGAGAAAGUAACUUUUCCUGAAAUAUUAUACCAAGAAAAUAUUUGUUUUGAUAAUAAAAAUAAAAAAUAUAAGGGAUUUUUUUGUACUCUUUAUUCAUUAAUUGAUUUUUAUGAUUGUUUCAAUGAGUUGUUUAAUGAAGAUGAAGGGAAAAUAAGCGAAAAUGAGGAAUUUAUUUUUCAUGUAGCUAGCGAUAAAUAUAUAGUGAAGAAUUUAGAUAUAAAACACCUGAAUGAUUUAUUAUCUGAGAAAUCAUACAUUGUUUCUAAUAAGAAUCUCUCUAUAGUAGAUAUAUUUUAUUUUUGUGCUAUUUAUAAAUCUCUUGAUGAAAUGCCAUUUAAAGAGAGAGUUGAAAUUUCUCAUGUAUAUAGAUGGUUUCUUCAUAUCCAAGAAACUUUACUAGGAUGUUUUAGCACACUAAAAAAGUUAGAAGUUAGAGAUAGCUUAGAGAAUUUUAUUAAUAAUAAAGAUAUAAAAGAUACAAACGAAAAAAUGAAAUCUACAAAAAAACAGGAAAAUAAAAAAGAAAAUUCCAAAAAUGAAAAUGCAAAAAGCAAAAAUAAAAAUGUUAAAAAUGUAGAAGAACCAAGAAGUUUAUAUGAUAUAUCUAGAUUAAACAUUAUUGUGGGAUAUAUUGAACAAGUAGAAGUUCAUCCUGAUGCUGAUACAUUAUACUGUUUAAAAGUAAAUGUAGGUGAAGAAAAAGUAAGAGACAUAUGUAGCGGAUUAAGAAAUGUAAAAAAGGCAGAAGAUUUAAUUAAUCAAUAUGUUUUAGUUUUAGCAAAUUUAAAAGAAAAAUCAUUGAGAGGAAGAAAAAGUCAUGGAAUGGUUUUAUGUGGUUCUUUUCAAGGCAAAAUAGAAUUACUCUAUCCUCCUUCUGGUGUUAAAAUUGGAGAAAGAAUCAUCUGCGAAAAUAUGAAUAUAAAUAAUUUGCCUGAUAAGGCAUUAAGCUUUGAUAAAGAAAAGAAUCCUUUUUAUCAUAUUCAACCACAUCUAAUUUUGAAAAACGGAAUAGCUCAUUAUAAAGAUGACAAAUUGAUAUCAUCACAAGGAGACAUCAAAUGUAUUUUACUAGAAGGAACAAUUUCAUAA